CCCCAUUUCCAUGUUGGUGUGAACAACCACCUAAACCUAGCUUCUUCAACAAUUCUACCCUACUAUCAUCCCCCCAAGACUUAUCCGACCAUUUGGUACUCGCUUGCAGGCUGCAGAAAACCCCCCAGAAAUAGGGUGGAGAAGGAUGGGGAGGGGCAAGGUUGUAAUUAGGAGGAUCGACAACUCGACCAACAGGCAAGUCACCUUCUCGAAGAGGAGAAAUGGGUUGUUGAAGAAGGCGAAGGAGCUGGGGAUUCUGUGCGAUGCAGAAGUGGGAUUGAUAAUCUUCUCCAGCACAGGGAAGCUCCAUGAAUUUGCAAGCUCCAGCAGCAUGAGAUCAGUAAUCGAACGCUACAACAAGGCACAAGAUGAAAGCGUUCAAUCUCCUCAGAAUCCAGCAUCAGAACUCAAGUUUUGGCAAACAGAAGCAGCAAUUCUGAGGCAACAAUUACACAACAUGCAAGAAGAUCAUCGGAAAUUAAUGGGAGAACUCUAUGGGUUGAGUGUUAGAGACCUGCAGAAUCUUGAAAACCAACUGGAAAUGAGUUUGAGAGGCAUCAGAAUGAAGAAGGAACAAAUACUAAUUGAUCAGAUUCAAGAACUAACCCACAAGGGGAGUUUCAUCCACCAGGAAAACUUGGAACUCUUUAAGAAGGCAUAUGGCACAAGGGACCCAAAUGCAGUGAAUGGGGACACCAUUUCUCCAUAUGACUUGAGCAUUAGUGAAGAAUCCCACGGCCACAUACAUCUCCAGCUAAGCCAACCCCAACCUCAAAACUUCAGCGAUCUAGCCAGAGCAUUAGACUCAACGUAAAUGAUGCAGCUGCUGACGAAUAAAAUUUAACUGAAGAUGGGAGUGCAGCAUGAGGUACAACUACUCUGCAGCAACGUGAAAAUGUGAUUCUUAACACGCAUUAUUGGGUGGCAGGGGUGUCUGUAGACUGUAAUUUGUUUGCUAUUACACGCAAAAUCAUAGUAUGAUUUUGUAUAUCAUAAGGUUUAAGGUAGCAGCUAAUUAGGUUGCCACAAUUACGCUAUCUAGGAUGCAUAUACGGUGCAUGCAUGAUUCAGGCAGGUGGGCGAUGCCCUGUGCAGAAUUGAAUUGGAGCCAGCAGGAACUUACAAUAGCUAGGUUGUUUAAUUUAAUUAGAAUUAUCUCCUUCAAUUAAUUUACCUUUAAUUUAACCAAUAUUUUAGUAUUUGCAAAAUGGUGUUUGUAAACUUUUGAGUUAUAAUUCUAAAAAU